AUGAUUUUUAUAUUAUUAAUAGUCUUAUUGGUUUUUAUAGUUUAUUUAAAUAAAAAUUUUUAUUUAAAAAAAAAUAAUGCAAAGUACCCAAAUGGACCAUUAGUUUUACCAAUUAUUGGUAGUCUUUAUAGAGUUAGCUUCAAAACACCACAUUUAUCAUUUAAAAAUUUAUCGCAACAAUAUGGAAAAAUUUUUUCUAUUAAAAUGGGGUGUGUGGAAACAAUCGUUAUCAAUGAUAUCAGCAUUCUUCAAAAAACAUUCCGUGAUAAACCAACUAUUUUUCAACAAAGAUUCUGGCUUCCAUCAUUUUAUAAUGUGGGGGAAUACAGAGAUAUAGUUUUUUCAAAUGGACCAUACUGGAGAGAAAUAAAAAGUAUUUUAAAGAACUCUUUAACAAAAACAAAAUCACGUAGUAUGGAAGAUUUGUUUAAUAGCGAGUGUUCAAAAGCUGAGCAAUAUAUAAUGAAAAAAAUUAAAGAAAAUAAUAAUAUUGUUGAUAUGAUGAAAACCACCAAAAGACUGUUGUUAAAUAUUAUGGUAAAAUUUUUAUUUAACAUUUCAUUUGAAUAUGAUGAUGGCUCGUUGUCUAAAGAGAUCUUUGACUUUGUUAAAAGUUACAAUUUAAUUUUUGAGUAUCUAGCAAAACAACCUGGUGACUUUAUUCCAUUGUUAAGACCAUUUGAUACACACGACAAAAUAGCAAAAGAGUACUCAAAUCUUUUAAAGUUUUUUACCCCCUUUAUAGAUGAAACUUUAAAAAAUAUUGAUAAGGAAAAUCCAAAAUGCUUUUUAGAAUACUUACUCAUUGAAAUUGAAAGGGACCCCAAUAGUAUGAUUAAGCCAGAGUCUAUUCCACAUAUUUGCUUUAGUAUUAUUGUUGCUGGAAGCGAUACUACAGGUACAACUUUGGAAUGGAUGAUUUUAUAUUUAUCUAACUACCCUAACAUCCAAGAAAAGCUACAUUGCGAAAUCAAUUCAUCUCAUCAUCCAACUUUAAAAGAAAAGAAAAAUUAUCCAUUUUUAAGAGCAGUCAUUAAUGAAACUUUAAGAAUUUCUCCACCUGCUCCAUUUGCACUUCCACAUAUCUGUUCAGAGGAUACUAUAGUUAGUUUUAAUGGUCAUGAUUAUUUUUUCCCAAAAUAUACACAAAUAAUUCCAAAUCUUUAUGGUGCUAAUAGAAAUGAAAAUGAAUUUGAUGAUCCAAAUACAUUUAAUCCAGAUAGACAUCCCUCUUCCACUGCAUCUCAUGUCUCUUAUUCAUCAGGUCCUAGAUCUUGUCCAGGUGAGAAUAUGGCAGAUGAUAUUUUAUUUGUUGUCUCUACAAGAUUAUACAAAUAUUUUAAAUUUGAAAGAACUACAAACCAACUGUAUGACGAAUAUGGAGUCUUGACAAAAACCUUAACCCCAAAAGACUAUUUGUCAAAAGUAACAUUCAGAAGUUAA